AUGAGAUGGCACGGAAACUUUUGCUUUGAAGAAAAUAUAUGCAGACAAUGCAAUGAAUUCCAGAGUGAAUCUUUAGUCUGUAUAGCAGGCUAUUUAUCUUUUUCUGGCCAUCCAUCUUCUCAAGAUGUUGAACUGAAUAAUCCAGCGUACCUUCAACUCUCCCAUUCAGUAGACGAGAAUCUUCUGAAAAAUACUACUGAGAUUACUGGUACUGUUAACGAUAUUUUGCACGAUCUUCUCCAACAUGGUGAUUCAGCCCAGAAAUAUAUGCAGGGGUCAAAAAAUGUGAAAGUUGAUAACUGGAUUCUUCUUGAUAAUGUUGUUCAAAAAAGUAGCAUUGCUACUGGAGCUCGUAAUCGGGCUUUGCAGAGACAGUCAAAGAGAUCUAAAAGACAUAUGUCCAUAAAGCAACAUAAGAAAUUUGGAUCAUUUGAUUUGCCUCAAGAGUUCCACAACUAUGACAUCUUCAAGCCAAUGCACGAUAAGUGGAAAGACUAUGUAACAAAACUCCUGAAGAAUAUUGGGAAAAAUCAGUUAUCACAAUGUCUCCUUAAUGCAGACUUACAUGGUGCACUAAUUCUAGUUGUUCAGUGCAAAAUAGCUGGCUUAAGUGGUGUACGUGGUAUCAUGAUUCGUGAGACCGUAGAUACAUUUGGAAUAAUCACAGAAGACAACAAAUUCCAAGUUGUACCAAAAAAGCUUUCUGUAUUUAUGCUGCAAGUGGACUGCUGGAAAGUUACAUUGCUCGGAGACAAACUCAGUUCGAGAAACAUGAUUAUAUGAUAUUGUUAAGACGGAAAUUUAUCAUAUGGAAAAUGUCUUAGCAUUGUAGUAGUGGCUUCAUAUGGAGUACGACGUUGAUGUGGAUCAACUCCUAUGGUAGCACAUAAUUUUGGCCGAGUUACUACAUCUUUAAGAAGACUGGAAGGUUUCAUCGAAGGGUUAACCAAGUUUGACUAGUUUUAAUCAUGGAUUUGACCAGACUCGAGGAUGACUCAAGUAUGGUUCCACACGCCCCACUAGCCUCUCGACUCCUUGAAGUUAUAAUAGGACUUUAUUAUUUUGAAGUAUAGGAGUAGUGUACGAGUUUUAGUAUAUUUAUCUGAGGCUCUAUUGAAGCCUUUUGGGGUUCUUUAAGAACUCUUUGGAAUUCUUCCCUUGUCUUUGAUAUCUUUGGAUCAUUUCUUAAGUAAUUAGAAUGUAAUUCAUGUUAAGGCAAAUAACAGUUUUAAACAAUUUGCAAGUA